CUCGCUCAAACACAAACACACAGGCUCGAUCACCCUUAGUCAGCGGCUGGGUGUGUAUUUGGACGGAGCUCUGAGACAAUAACAGGAGGCUGAGGAGAGAGCAGGGAUGUGGAUGUAGAAGAGGAGGAGGAGGAACAGCAGCAUUUCAUCUGGAAUUAAAACUCCAGUCCAGAUUCUGUUUUUUUUUUUUUUAAUGAGAGACAGAGCUUACACCAGUUUCUGGUCCAGCCCAGAUUCUGAUAUUGGAUUGUGGCUUUGAGGCUGAGUCUGGACUUUCUGCUACUUCAGUAAAUGCUGCAGAUGAAGGAGAGGAAGUACAGUUUCACUGCUCUUUCUCUGUUUGAAGGCUGGGGCAGCAGAGCAGAUGACUGAUCGCUGGCUCGUUGGGAGGAAAAGUGUAGCCAUGGGUGGGAAGAGGCAGGCUGUCAGAGGCCAUUAAGCAGCCAGCGGGAUGCCACGCUAGAGCCCAGGAAAGCAGAGCAUUGCACUGCAGACGAGGCAGGGAGCAUCAUAGCGGCAGGACUUCAGUGACUGUACAGGAGGACUUUUGUGACAAACUCCAAACAGCAGCAGAGGUUUCGACUAAGGGUGGUAAUCGCUAGAGACACCACGACACAAUAUUUAAGUUGUGCUACGAUAUUGCAAAACAGUACUUGCAAUAAUUUGAGUAUUUGCAAACUCAUGCAAAUCCACAAAAGAUUUAAUGUAUAUUUGUAACAUCAGUUAAAUGAUUAAAAGAUUAUAUACGAAAGGAAAACUGAUACUUGGUGUCUCAGAUGCGAUGUAAUAUUCACUCACUCACUCGUCUUCUACCACUUAAUCCUCCACAUGAGGGUCGCAGGGGGCGCUGGUGUCAAUCUCGUGAUAUACAGUAAUAUUGCCACACAAAAUAUUGCGAUAUUUCACGGUAUCUGUAUCUAGUUUCAAGUGAGAUGAUGAUCCAGCACAUAAAGAAGUGUUUGUUUUGCUGCACUUUGCGGCAAAGUCUCAGAAACUAAAGGCUUAAAAGGUUUAUUUGUGGGAAGAAAGCAGCUGGUUCGAAUCCCUUGACUGUCCGUCACUGACAAGUGCCAUGAAUACAAAACCAACAUUAAUGUUUCCCAGCUUUUUGGGGGGGGCGCUUUUAAAGCUUUUAAAGGCAUUCUUGUCAGUCAGCUGAACAAGAGAACCCCAUGGGACUAUCUUUGCAUGAGGUGACUGGACAAUUGCACACCCAACACAUUACACUUAACCUUCACUACCAUUUAAGAACACAGAAAAAGUGACAUUAGCUGCAGACAGCCAAAUAUCCAGAUACCUGAAUUUCCCAUUAAAAGUCAGUAACCCUGCAAAAUGAGUCUCGAUAAACUGCACUGUAAUGCUUUAAAAUAACAGCCACUGUGCAACAUUAAUUGUUAGGUGAUGGAUAGAUGACAACUUGCCAUUGCCUCAGAAGUUUUUCCACUGCAUGAGCUGAGGGUUCAGUAGCAGUUAGGGAGGUGGGGGGUGGAGGUUCUGCAGGACCACUUUUUCUGAUACCAUCUGUCCCACAGGGAUUGAAGCCAGAUUUUUAAUCUGUGACCUGCCGCUGCUCUGCGAGGUGGCGUCUAAUCUGGUUGACGGUGCAUAUGAAAAGCUGUUUUCACAGCUGUGCUGAAGUUCGGAGGGUAUUGUGUGUAAAUGCUGUAACAUUUCCAGAAGCGUUAGUUCAGGAUGUCAAGUGGGAAAACAAGCUUUUGCACCAAAGAGAAUAACAUAACCACUGACAAAAAUGCUUUAUAUGGCAUGUUUUUGUGUGAGAAUUGUAGAAUUUCAAUAUUUUUUUGACAGUGACCAAAGGUCAUCUCUAGUACUGAGUUUCACAAAAAAAUCAAAUAGCAAAGCUUGGUAUUUAAUGCAUGUUUAGAUGCUUUAAACUUUAACAUGCUUCUCUCUGUGCCUGAUGGGUGUCAUUCAGAGAUGUUCACAUGGCCAUUUUCCUUAAUAUUUCCAAAGAUGUGAAAUUUUAUUCUCUCCUGUUUUUUUUUUUAACAUUUAUUAGUUUCUUUCCUGUUUUUUUAAUUUUCUUGAUAACUAGAAGCUGAAGGCAAGAAUCAGCAAUGACCAACAUUGACAUUUAUGUUUCACUGCUGCUUCUCUGCCACACCGUCAGCUCAUUUUGAAUAGUUUUUGAUACAUGUCUCACAACUUAACACUUGGCACUAAAUAAUGUCUGUAAAGAAUAACCUAAAUACCACAUUUCUAUGGCUUGUCCAAGUUUGUUUUUGUUUAAAGCUAACAGAGGUAUGGCAGAUGCAUACUGUGCCUCAUAACCUUACAUGGAUUUACAAAUGCAAGUACUGCGCAUGUUGUGUUUACACAGGCCAAUUCAACUGUGUCUUAUGCUGGAAGGGUACAAUAAAAUCACCACCUUUUUAGUUGGCUGUGUUGUACAUCGUGACCUCAGCGGUAAAAUUCCUUUACACCUGUCAGAAAUGCCUCUUUGAUAAACUAGGCCAUCUAGGCACAUCUUUCUUUGGCCGACUGACUCUGAAAGACUGAGCAUAAACAUGUCAAAAAAUGUCCUAUAAGGCCACACACUGUAUCAAAUCCAAACCUCGCCCUCGUUAUGAUGCUGCUAAUUUAGUGCCAUUCACCACAAACACUGCUGUGACGUCCACAGUCCCCCAUUACUGCUUUCAACCCUUACCCUAAAAAUCACGUAAACCCUAAAAUAAAAUAAAACAAAAGACAUGCUGAUGGCCUUUCACUGAUAAACCUGCUGGGUAAAGUUUGAGUUUAGAUGGCACUGACAUCCUUGGUCUUACACCCAGGAGCCUCAGCACUCCCAGUGGUGUCCUUAAAAGUCACCAGUCCAAAGAGAGACAUGCCACUGCAGGGUGGAGGAGAGGGCACACUCAAAUGAUUGUGGAGAGAGAUGGUGAAUAGCACUAAAGCAGCCAGGAGCAACUCCAACUCUUGAUAAAUAGAGGAUGACAUACCAUUACAUUACCAUUACAGUUGCUUUUCAGCUCGCAGCUACAUGUGUGUAGAUCUAAUGUGACUAACAGCUGUCAUGUCUGAUUUGAGUUUAUAUGCUUGGAGAAUUGUUCAAUUUCUUUCAUGGUGUGUUAGUUUCAUGUUGCCAUUAUACUUACACUAACCACCAGGUCAACCAUAUGUAUCUUAAAGCUACUACUGUCAUUCUGGAAAAAGCUAGAAAUACAAGGCUACCAUGACAAAAAUGCACCUGAUACCACUUCUCCCGUGGGCCCUCUCGUCAAAGCCAAAACAUUUCUUUAAAAAUCCUCAAACACAUUUUUAUGUCAAGUUUGGAAAAGACAUACAGCACAACCCUAAAACUAAAACUCAGUGUGAGAUAAAGUAUUAUCUCACAGGUAAAACAGUAUUGUUUCAAUGAUGUACUUAUAUUUAACUGAUUCAAUACGAUACAUAACUUUAACAUUUAAAAACACUGUUCAGGUGAUUUUAAACUCUAUUUUUUGCCCUGCAAACCACUAGAUUAAGUCAUUAUUCACAUGUCUGAAAAGGAGGUAAUGCCCAGAGACAGCGAUUGCUUUUUCAAAGCAUUUGAAUAAACAAGUGAUACUUUUCUAGUGAGGUUUCUUCAAACACCCUGAGCAUCAGCACUUAACUGUGCGUCACUAUUAUUCCUAUAGAGGAUUGUUUGUGGCGAUCCUCUGGGAAAUAAAUGACGCUCUAAUUACUGGUCUCCUGUUGCUGUGAAGUGACGUCACAUAUUCUGUGGGAAUUGUGCUUGCCUCUCCCCACACAUCCUCCCUUCAUCCACCUCCAUUGUAAUUCCCACUGUGCCUUAAUGUCAGUUGUGGCCUGAAGGCACCAUUCUGCGUCACGCAAUCCACAGCAGAGUGACUGGCAUUUUUGUGCCGACAUAACAAAAGAAAGACCUGCGAAAAAAGAAAGACCUUGAGGCUACAUUUCACUAGCUCUUUACAAACGCCACAGUCAGAUGGAGUGACAGCACUUUUCUCUCUCACUGCAGCGUUAUCUCUCAUGCACACUUCCUCCUGCAAAUCUGACUGCCCAAGACUGUCAAACAACAUCAAGGGGAAAUUAAGAGCUAAAACAUCACGAGAAUACAAACUAUUUCCCUGAUAGUGUGUAAUAAAUAAUGCUGAUGCUGUACUAUAUCUGCAGUGUACAGAUACUGUGUGUGGGUGUUAAGAAGACAGAAGUUGGCAUUGACAUUUCUCCAGUGUUGGUGUUUGUGAAUAAAAACACAGAUAAUUGUUUCACUUACGCAUGAAGCUCCUUGUGUGUUGUCUUUGAGUAACAACAAAUGAAAAUGACUGAGGACAAGCUGUCACAUCUCAGGGCCUGUACUGCCAAUAAACUAUUGAUCAGCUCUGGCAGAGACUAAAGCUGCCUUUCAAUCUUUACAUACCACAUAUUCCAAAUAAUCCCACGCAUUAAGUUGCAUUCAGCUAAGAGGUUUGGAUAAAACAGGCUCAUGAAAAGAAAAUCAUCAGCGUGAAUCGUGGACCAGAUGUUAAGUCUAAAAGCAUAGGCAGCCUUUAAAAGCAAUGAGAUAAAUGGAUGUGAAGGCAUGUUGGAAAUGCAAGAGAGCGAAAUAAAUCUAAACAAAGCUCAGUGAAGAUUAUCCGCCAUAGUGGAGAAAAUCCAGUUGAAUAUACAUUGAAAAUUAAAGCCAGCUUUUUUGCACAUUUGUCAUAACAUGAGAGAAAGUUAAGCCGGAGCUUUUCACAUCAAAAGACUUUUCUUUGAAUGAUUUUAUGAUGACAAAACAUCAACUAUGUCAACAACAUACUGUAUCUGGUUCUCACUACAUACAAAAAGGAGACUUAAAAAGAAUCCAUCAUGUAAGCAAGAACCAUCCAACCCAUGCUAAACCUUGUUAACAUGUCUGAUGAUUAACAUUCUGAUUAUUAUUUUUAAAGAAAGAAGAGUGAAAUCAUCAGUGUCAUGACCGAGUAGAUUCAUUUUGAAACUAACCACCAAACCAACAACCAAUCCUAUCAAUUCUACACAGGUGUUUUUUUCACUAUGAUCUCACCAUAGUUAACUGAUGAACCGCAGGUGUUUGAUUAUGUAAUCAAGCUGAAGGUGUCUAAUGGAGAUUUAAAGUACCAACUGCAAAAUGUAACUCUUUCAGAAGCCUCUGUGAAAACACACAUUUAUAUUUCCUCAAAUAACAUCAACUCUGUCCUCAAUCUUCUCCAUGUUCCUCGACCACAGCUAUAUAUCACAGUGAUCUGGCAGAGAGCCAGCACAGCUAGAUGUCAGUCUAAAGCUGUGGAGGACUUGUGGCAACAGACAUGAAGAACUUGGACCAGUAUGGACGAAGUGACAAAGAGAGUCUAGUCUAUGGAGCUCUGUCCACUCUGGUGUUGGUUCUACUUGGUCUACUGGGUUCGGUCCACAGCUGUCCUGGUGUCUGCACCUGCUACGGCAAUACCACUGACUGCUCCGCCGUCGGCCUCCUGUCUCUGACACCCAUCCUUGCACUGAUAGACCAGGACAAUCUCAUCCUCCGUCUACCCCAGAACAAUCUCUCCUCUCUGGGAAAAACAGAUCUGUUGAACCUCAGUAGACUGGAGCUCUUGGAUAUUUCCCAGAACCACUUUUCAAGCCUGCAGCCUGGCGCUUUCUCGAGCUUGAGCAGCCUGCGGUGGCUCAACCUCUCCACUAACUACCUCGGGUUACACCUGGCACCAUCUGCCGCCAACAACAUCACAGAGGGCACGCUGGGUUUGAGUCAAAGUCAGGGAGGUGUUGGAUUGAACAAAGAUGUUUUCAAUGGUUUGUGGCGGUUACAUGGGCUUGACUUAUCCUCCAAUGGCCUUAUUUGGCUUCCUAAAGGCUUGCUAGAUGGGCUUCAGAGACUAAAAUAUCUGUCUCUGGCCAGUAACCAGCUUGUGGCCCUAGACAGAGUCACAUUCGAGCCCCUGGUGCAUCUGCAGCAGCUCCAGCUGGUGGGAAACCCCUGGCAAUGUGACUGCAAACUGAGGGACUUCAAGCACUGGAUGGAGUGGUUAAUUUACAGGGAUGGGCAGGUAGACGCGAUGCAGUGCAGCCUCCCAGAGGAACUGAAGGGCAGGGACAUCCGCAACGUACCAGCAGAGAUGUUUAGCUACUGCUUGCAGAGUCCGACCAAGGAGGGCGGUCAAGCCUCCCUUCGGCCUCCUUGCCCACCUGGCAGAGUCAGCAGCAAUGACGAAUGUGUUCGCCAGCGUUACCGGCCUGUAAGUGUCCGCCGGGCACAUGUCACACAAAUUGUUGCAGGAGUGGUUUGUGGCACAGUGUGCGUGAUGAUGGUGGUUGCGGCAACUUAUGGCUGCGCCUAUGCCUCACUGAUGGCACGAUACCAGAGGGAGAUGAAGAGCCGUGGCCAGCCUCUGAUGGCCGAGUGUGGAGCUGAGACGGACAUGGAGGACGGACAACUGUCAUCUCCAACCUCGCCAGAGGAGACGCCGCCCAAAGUGGCCUGUGGCAUUGUGCAUGGGUAUCGAAUCAGUAGCUUCUGACUCACUAGUUUAUUUUUCCUGAUUGUUAAUCCUUCCUGGAUGUUCUGCAGGUUGACCCUGCUCUUCAAGCUCUCAUCGCUGAUGAGACAGCGUUUGGAGAGAGAGAGACCCUGCAGCUCUGCUACUGUUCUGAAAAUCACUAGGUGGGACAAAUUGAGCAGCUAAUCGAGCGGACAAGAUUCAGUGAAACUGAAAGGCUGCAGCCCAUCUUCAAAUGUAUGGAUGCUCUGUGAAUUGUUAUUCCCCACGCUGCAUCUUUAAGCCAUUUUUUAAUCUAUGAAGCUGCUACCUGGCAUCUUGACUUCCCUUUACCUGCCUUUUUAUUUAUUCUUUAGGAAUAUGAAACUACCUUUUUGUUUAAGCUGUCUGUCUGUAUCUGAGCCCAAGAAGCACACAUUUCAAUGGUUUGUGAAUGUCUGUGAAUCACUGAAAUGUUCUGUCCUCUUUUAAUUAUUUAUAUCAUUACUUUUUAUUAUUACCAGCUAUUUGACAAAUAGUGCUUUAUUCCUCUGUUAGGCGAUAACCUCCAAACUAAUAGACACUUAAAUCACAUCAGAAUUUAGCUUCUGUCAGGGAAAUGCUGCAUUCACCUUCAUUACAGAGAGAAAUUUAGAUAGAUAUUAGAGCUGUACUGCCUCCUAGAGUGCAGGCUUUGCGCUACAACAGCUUCUAAUCCAGCACAAACGAACUCUCAAGCUCAACGACAGUUAUGUGAGGUAUGUGAGGUAUUUGAGGUCUACAUAUAUACUGUCAUUUAGCUUGUCCAUAUUUCCUGUGAAAAACAUGAAUUGUCUCAACUUUAGCUCAAGGACUGUUAAUUAUGCUGAAAUAAUAAACUAUAUUUAUUUAAA